GGAAAGCAAGCGGGGGAGAAAAAGGAGGAAGCGGUGCCCGGCUGCAGGCGAAAGCGGAGCAGCAGCCCCGGCGCAGAGCAAGGUGCCGCCGCUGCCCAGCUGGCGAGGGCGGAGAGGCGCCCGCGAAGCCCCGGCCGCAGCCGCCCCAAGCCGGCAGCGCGGCGGCUCCCUCCCGGCGCCUUGGGCUCCCGGGUAUAUGUGUGCGCCUGGCCAUGUCGUAUCCUCAGGGUUACUUGUAUCAGCCGUCAGCGUCCUUGGCUCUCUACUCCUGCCCAGCGUACAGCACCAGCGUGAUCUCCGGACCCAGGACCGAUGAACUUGGGAGAUCUUCUUCGGGCUCCGCUUUUUCCCCUUAUGCCGGAUCUACCGCCUUUACCGCCCCUUCCCCGGGUUACAACUCCCACCUCCAGUACGGCACCGACCCGGCCGCCGCCGCCGCCGCCGCCUUCACUUCCUACGUGGGCUCGCCCUACGACCACACGCCGGGUAUGGCCGGUUCCCUGGGGUACCACCCGUACGCGGCACCGCUCGGCUCCUACCCCUACGGGGACCCCGCGUACCGCAAGAACGCGACACGGGACGCCACGGCCACCCUCAAGGCCUGGCUCAACGAGCACCGGAAAAAUCCCUACCCCACCAAGGGMGAGAAGAUCAUGCUGGCCAUCAUCACCAAAAUGACCCUCACCCAGGUCUCCACCUGGUUUGCCAAUGCGAGGCGGCGGCUCAAGAAGGAGAACAAAAUGACCUGGACACCACGGAACCGCAGCGAGGACGAGGAGGAAGAGGAGAACAUCGACCUAGAGAAAAACGACGAGGACGAGCCCCAGAAACUGGAGGAGAAGGGAGACCCCGGGACGCCGGACACAGGAGCGGCGGAUCCCAAGGCAGCACCGGGCUGCGAGCGCCUCCAGGAGUCCCCCGGCCCCCGGGAGGCCGAGAGCGGCCUCAGCGACUCGGAUUGCAAAGAGCUUGCGGAGGAGCGGCUCGACGGGCCGCCCGUCCCCCACAAGGCGCCCGGCGCUUCCCCGCUGGGACCGUGCCCGGCGGGCCGCGGGCCGCCGCCGGCGGGCGGCGAGGAACCCCCGCCGUACCGCCCGCCCUCCGCCGCCGCCGGGCCGCCGCACGCCGCCGACCUGCACCCGCUGCUGCCCGCGGCCACCGGCGCCUCCGUCAUCCACUCGCCGCAGCAGGCGGCCCUCGCCAAGCCCAAGCUCUGGUCGCUGGCCGAGAUCGCCACCUCGGCGGACAAGGCUAAGGAGGCCGGCGGCGAGGCGGCACCCCCCGGCCCCGCCGUGCUGGGCGGCGGCGGCCCGUCCCGCUCUCCGCCGCGGCCGCGCUCGCCGGCCGCGCAGUGYCCCUUCCCCAACGGGGCGGUCCUGCCCCGGCCGCUCUACUACACGGCGCCCUUCUACCCCGGCUACACGAACUACGGCUCCUUCGGGGCCCUGCACGGGCACCCCGCCGGCGGCCCUGCCGCAGCCGCCCCCGGCGCCCACUUCAAUGGAUUAAAUCAGACUGUCCUCAGCAGAGCCGAGACCCUGGCUAAAGACACUAAAAUGAUCAGGAGCCAGUCCCAAGUAGACCUUUGCAAAGACUCACCUUACGAACUGAAGAAAGGUAUGUCCAACAUUUAAUAUUGGCUUCUCCUCCCUAACCCCUCCUGGGACUGUGGUUUUGUUCUUUUCUUUAUUUUUUUCCCCUUUUUUAAUUUAUUUGAGAGAAAUAAUAAAUUGCUUUGGCAGUUAUUUUUCCACUACCAAAAGAAAAACAAAACAAACUGAAAAAGACCAGCUCCCCCUCCCUCCCAGCACCCUCUUCAAAAGUUUAUAGAGUCUAUUUGAAAUGGCUGGGUGGAAACCGCCCAGAAAUGUCUUAAGCAAGUGAAAAGCAAACGAGUGACACGCUCYCUCUCACACACACAA